AAUGGCUGCCUCCUGUGGUACAUAAUGACAUUUGCGGGCUGGGAUAAAGCGGUUUAAGAUAGGUCACAGUGAACAUAUCAACAGUCUUCUCUGUUCAAUUGGUCUGUAAUAAAAGCGUAAUAAUUUAAAUAUGUCCAGAGUCGUACAGCACGCCGUUAGGUCUACCGAAACAAUGUUGUUAGCGGUUCAAGUAGGUAACUCUGCGAGAUCUGCUUUCGGAAACUAUUCACACAGUAGAAGAUGUGAUGUGGGUGGGCGCAGGUUUUUCUCGGCGACAUGUGUCUUGUUUGGAAGGGGUCCUCCUUCAAGGAAAGAGAAGAAGACUGUUGCCAUCCCAGGUCUGGAGCGGGUCACUUACGCCGACAGGAUGCACUACGUACCAGGAUUGGCAAAACCCAUAUUCCCUGACUGGCAAAGAGACUGGCACGACCCCCACCAUUAUCGGGGACCUAAAACUGAAGAGAUGAAGCUGCACAAAGAAAACCCUUGUUACGUAUUUAAUCAGAGAACAAAAAUUUUGGAAGGUGUCAGACAAGCACUGUGGUUAACCAAGUCCAAACUGAUACAGGGUCUUCCUGAACACAUCCUGUCAUUGGCUGAGGACUCAGCCAAUCAGAUUGAGGACCAGGAUGAGCGUGUCCAGCAAGCAAUCCGCCACGCACGUUUUUGGGACACCACUGCAAUAAGACCCAAACGUGACAGAUUUUGUCCUGUGCUGCUCCGGGAUCUGCUGCACUUGUGCGGGACUCUGCAAGUAAAACACACAUCCCUUUCCAAGAGGAUACUGGCUGAAAAUUAUAGAGUGGCGGCAUUGUGGAACCGAGACACAGAUGUUUUCCAAGUGCGAGGUCUGAAUGGAAUGCUGUUGAACAGCAUGACACCUCUGCCAGCUGUGGCCCCGAGUGGUGAAGUCUUGGCCACCGAAAACCACACUCUGGAGACUUUCUACCCGAUCUCUCCCACCAUUGAUUUGCAGUCUACAUACGUGUAUGAUCAGAAAAAUGACACCGGAUUCAGAGACGGGUAUCCUUAUCCACACGCACACACUUUGUUCUUCACUGAGACUGAGGACUCUGCUGCCAAGUUUAAACCAGAGCAACUCCGGGCCAAGAUGAUCAUGUUUGCUUUUGGAAAUGCCCUGGCCAGGGCCAAAUCUCUCUAUGGGGAGCACCCUCAGGUUCUCAAGCACCCUGUUGUCAUACAGAGUAUUGCCACAGAUGGCAGACUGUUCCAGUUCAUCGUGCUUCAGCUGAACACCACAGACCUAGGCCCAGACACUGGCGUGAAAAACCUGAUUUGGAUGGAUCAAGAUCAGCUCCUGUAUGACUAUGCAAAAUGCCGCCCUUUGAUUAAAAAGAAGAUCAUCAAGGUUCCUGCAGGAUUAGCUGGGUAUCAGCCACAGACAUUCAAGAAAUUUCUUGCAUUGCACUUGCAUGGAGCUGUGUGAUCCUGUCUGACUACUUUGCCACAGGCAGCUCUGCACCAGAGUGGUGUUGACCUAGCAACCAACCUUCCAUCCACUACAAUGGAGGAUAGAACAGGAUCGGAGCUAAAUUGAAACUUUGCACUUGUCAUUAUUCCACGAAUACUUUGACAUUUAAGAAAAAAUAAACGUUUCUAUUUGCAA